CGGCGCGGGCCCUCCCACUCUCCCCCGCGCCGCCUCACGGCCGCGGCCCUAGCUUCACCCCGACACCCCGGCGUGCGCCUGCUCCCGCCGGCCUGCAGGCUCGGGGUUCCGCCAGCUCCGCUGCCGCGGCCCCGCUCGCGUUCACGCUGUCGCCUGGGCCGGCGCGGCCGCGGGCAGCCGCUCCCCCUCCCGCAGCCACCCCGCCUUUUCCGCCCUCCGGUCCCUCUCCCUCGGCCCGCCGCCGCUGCUCCAGAUGAGGUGAUGGCAACGGCCAACUUCGGCAAGAUUCAGAUCGGGAUUUACGUGGAGAUCAAGCGGAGCGAUGGUCGAAUACAUCAAGCAAUGGUAACAUCUUUAAAUGAAGAUAAUGAAAGUGUAACUGUUGAGUGGAUAGAAAAUGGAGAUACAAAAGGCAAAGAGAUCGACCUGGAGAGCAUUUUUUCACUUAACCCCGACCUUGUACCUGAUGAAGAAAUUGAACCCAGUCCAGAAAUACCUCCACCUCAAACAUCCUCAGCCAAAGUAAACAAAAUUGUAAAGAAUCGUCGGACUGUGGCAUCUAUUAAGAAUGACCCUCCUCCGAGAGAUAAUAGAGUGGUUGGUUCUGCACGUGCACGGCCUAGUCAACUUCCUGAACAGUCUUCCUCUGCACAACAGAAUGGUAGUGUUUCAGAUAUAUCUCCAGUUCAAGCUGCAAAAAAGGAAUUUGGACCCCCUUCACGUAGAAAAUCUAAUUGUGUGAAAGAAGUGGAAAAAUUACAAGAAAAGCGAGAAAAAAGGAGACUGCAACAGCAAGAACUUAGAGAAAAAAGAGCCCAGGAUGUUGAUGCUACGAAUCCAAAUUACGAAAUUAUGUGUAUGAUCAGAGACUUCAGAGGAAGUUUGGAUUAUAGACCAUUAACAACAGCAGAUCCUAUUGAUGAACAUAGGAUAUGUGUUUGUGUAAGAAAACGACCACUCAAUAAAAAAGAAACUCAAAUGAAAGAUCUUGAUGUGAUCACAAUCCCUAGUAAAGAUGUUGUGAUGGUACAUGAACCCAAACAGAAAGUAGAUUUAACAAGGUACCUAGAAAACCAAACAUUUCGUUUUGAUUAUGCCUUUGAUGACUCAGCUCCUAAUGAAAUGGUUUACAGGUUUACUGCAAGGCCACUUGUGGAAACUAUAUUUGAAAGGGGAAUGGCUACAUGCUUUGCCUAUGGGCAGACUGGAAGUGGAAAAACUCAUACUAUGGGUGGCGACUUUUCAGGAAAGAACCAAGAUUGUUCUAAGGGAAUUUAUGCAUUAGCAGCUCGAGAUGUCUUUUUAAUGUUAAAGAAGCCAAACUAUAAAAAGUUAGAACUGCAAGUGUAUGCAACCUUUUUUGAAAUUUAUAGUGGAAAGGUGUUUGACUUGCUAAAUAGGAAAACAAAAUUAAGAGUUCUAGAAGAUGGAAAACAACAAGUUCAAGUGGUUGGAUUACAGGAACGGGAGGUCAAAUGUGUUGAAGAUGUACUGAAGCUCAUUGACAUAGGCAACAGCUGCAGAACAUCCGGUCAAACAUCCGCAAAUGCACAUUCAUCUCGGAGCCAUGCAGUGUUUCAAAUUAUUCUUAGACGCAAAGGAAAACUACAUGGUAAAUUUUCUCUCAUCGAUUUGGCUGGAAAUGAACGAGGAGCUGAUACUUCCAGUGCAGACAGGCAAACUAGGCUUGAAGGUGCUGAAAUUAAUAAAAGCCUUUUAGCACUCAAGGAGUGCAUCAGAGCCUUAGGUAGAAAUAAACCUCAUACUCCUUUCCGAGCAAGUAAACUCACUCAGGUGUUAAGAGAUUCAUUCAUAGGUGAAAAUUCUCGUACCUGUAUGAUUGCCACAAUCUCUCCAGGAAUGGCAUCCUGUGAAAAUACUCUUAAUACUUUAAGAUAUGCAAAUAGAGUAAAGGAGUUUGGAAUUAGUCCAUCAGACAUUCCGUUCUCACAGGGUGGUGGCAGUCGCCCUGACCUUUCUCCUUCUUAUGAGUAUGACGACUUUUCUCCUUCGAUUACCAGGGUGAAAGAAUUGACUGUAGAUCCAACUGCCGCUGGUGAUGUCCGCCCAAUAAUGCACCAUCAACCAAAUCAGAUUGAUGAUUUAGAGACACAGUGGGGUGUGGGAAGUUCCCCCCAGAGAGAUGACCUAAAACUUCUUUGUGAACAAAAUGAAGAAGAGGUUUCUCCACAAUUGUUUACUUUCCAUGAAGCUGUGUCACAAAUGGUAGAAAUGGAAGAGCAGGUUGUAGAAGAUCACAGGGCAGUAUUCCAGGAAUCAAUCAGAUGGUUAGAGGAUGAAAAGGCUCUCCUAGAGAUGACUGAAGAAGUAGACUAUGAUGUAGAUUCGUAUGCUACACAACUUGAAGCUAUUCUUGAGCAAAAAAUAGAUAUUUUAACUGAGCUACGGGAUAAAGUGAAAUCUUUUCGUGCAGCUCUACAAGAAGAAGAACAAGCCAGCAAGCAAAUUAAUCCGAAGAGACCCCGUGCCCUUUAAAUCCGUAUUUGCUGCUAAAGGAUCCCCAAAACCCUCGCUGCUGUAACAGUGUUUCAGCUGUAAGGGCCAUUUCAAAGUUUGAAAUUCUAAGUGUCUGUGGAAAAUGUCUUGUCCUUCACCUGAAUGACAUUUCAAUUUUGUGAAACACUUCUUUGUCUACAAAAUGUUUGUAGUCCAGGAGGGACAACCAAGAUUUGGCAUUAGUGAAACAUUUUGUUUCACUAUUCUCCAGAUGGUGAUUUACUUUUGGAGAUCCUUGCCAGUUUUAUUUUCUAUAUGAUGAAGUUAAGAUUGUGGACUUGACCCAAAGGUGGAUAGUAAGGAGAAGCCACAGCAUUUCCUUUUAACUCAGUUCAAUUUUCGUAGCAAGACUGAGCAGUUUUAAAUCCUUUGAGUGCAUGCAUACCUCAUCAGUGAUUGUACAUACCUUGCCUACUCCUGAAGACAGCUGUGCUCACCUCUUCUUGCUCUGUGCCUUGACUAAGGCUAUUACCCUAAAUUUCUGAAGCACAGCCAAGAAAAAUUACAUUCCUUAUUUGUCAUUGUAAAUUACCUUUAUUGUGUGUACAUUUUUACUGUAUUUGGGACAUUUUUUGUGUGUGUGACUAGUUAAUUUUGCAGAAUGUGCCAUAUCAUUGAACGGAACUAAGUCUGUGACAGUGGACAUAGCUGCUGGACCAUUCCAUCUUAUAUGUAAAGAAAUCUGGAAUUAUGAUUUUAAAACCAUAUAACAUGUGAUUAUAAUUUUCUUAGAAUUUUCUUUGUAAAAAAACUAAAAUAUAAAUUAGUUGGUGUAUAAUAAAAAGUAAUGAAAUUCUGAGAAGAGUUUUAUCUUAGGAUAAUGCAUAUAUAUGCAAUGUGUGUGCCAGUGUGGUAAUAACAAGACUAAUAGUGCAAUUUGAUCCUUACAAAUACCAUUACCUAAGUUGAAGUGUUCAUUAGCACCGUAAAAUACACCUUUUUAAUGUACUGUUAAAGGAGAUUGGCUUCUGAUGCAUGAACAUUUACAUGUACAUUGAAAAUAGUCCAUAAUAGAAGUUAGUUUAAGCCAAGCAUAGACAGUACAUAAUUCCCUUGAAAAAGAAUAAGCUGAAAGUUUAUCUUGCCUUAAUAGGCAGAUCAAACCCAAGCUCCAUUCAGUACCUAAUAUGUGAUGUUUCAGCAUGAUUUGGUGAGAAUCACUGAAUUUUCACCAGUAAAUUGGUGGGAAGGUAUGCUAUUCCUUAAAUGACAGCACUUCUUACAGUGUGCUACUCCAAGGAAGAAAAACUGGCCAUUUUGCAUGUAAAUACCUGAAGAGAUGUGUGUAUCUCUCUAGGAGUUUUCCCUUAGUUCCCAGGAUUAAGUCCAGGAGUAGAUUGACAAAAGAUCUUCAAGGAUAUCUUGUUUUGAUUUACUCUACGGGACUACUAGCUCAUUCAUGAGCCAAAGGGAAGCAAUGAAUAGAGAGUCACAUGAGCCAGAUUCUUGAAUUCACUGUUCAUAAGACUUAUCAAGGGUAGCCAUAGGAAAUCUUAUUACCAUGGUGAAAAACUCUGUAAACAUAAAACAAAUGUAGAUUUUUUUUCUCACAAUAUGCUUAUUAAUAAAUGAAAUCUAUGGAAUGACUUUAGAGAUAAUUUCCUUUAAUACAAUGACCUUUGUUUUGGAAGGGACUCAGGUUUUCUUGCAGCUGUAAGAUAUAGUCUAUUUGUGUUUAUUUCAAAGACAAGAAGAGUAGAGGAGUAUUACUAUUGACCUUGCAGAGGCUGUUUAAAAAUAGUUUUCCAAACCACCAUUCUUAGAAAGGCAAUAAAACAUGUGAACUUGCUUAUUUUAAGCACAAAAGAUUAGCUUUAUUAUUACUUACAUUAGACAGGUACUAUCUCUGGAAGGUCUUUUUAUAGCAAAUAUGCUGCCUUAUACUGUGAUGGCUUCAUUGUGAUCAGUAGUCAAAAGUAUUUGAAAAAUGAAUACCAGAAAAGAUCUUGGGAGGUAGUUUAAUACAGUCUCUCAGCUUUACAAUUUGGGAAAAUUGAAGAUCAAAAGGACUAAAACUCCAUAGGUAAAACCUCAUGGGGUAAAAGGAAACACUGUAAGGAAGCUGAGGUGAAUCUUUUUUUUUUUUUUUCCCUGUAGUUACAGAGUCGAUAGAAGUGAACUUUGCAAAGUAAGAAGUUUUGAGAUUUUUUUGGAAAAUCAACUCUCAAGUAGAUUCAAUAUUUAGGUAACAAUGUGGUUUAUUUCAGCUAAAUAACCUCAGCUUUUUAUUCUUUCUCAGACUACAAAAUUGUUACCCUAAUUAGUAAGUAAUGAAAAUUACACAUUAUUUUAAUGAUGCAGUAACGUUUACUAUAUGACUCUGAAGCCAAAUUCUAAAAAUAAUUCUAAGUAAACACUUAUCUUCCCCAUUCUAGGUUUUGUCAUUGCACUUUGGCUUUCCUUAAUUGGAACCAUUCCUUCUAUUAAGUUUUAGGUGUAAAGAAAUCCAAAUAUCAAUGAAACUAUUUUUAUUAGUUUCUUACAUAAAAAAAUUUUUCUUACAUAAAAAAAGCUACUAUAACUUCAUUAAAAUGUAUUAAUAGCAUUCAGUAUUAUAUUGAUUUUAAACGUAUUAGCUAAUAAAACUUAUAUGACAUCUAUUGAAAUUUUUAAUCUGGCAGUUUUUAAAUAGCUUUAAAGUAUCAAGUAUAUGAAAAAAGUACUAAAGUUAUUUGACCCCAGGAACUUGUAAUCAUGGGGACAUCUUUUUUUGAAGUUGAAAGGAAAGAAGGUAAUUUAUAAAACCCUUUGAAAUUUUGCUAAAUCUAUGCUUAUUUUACCAAGAAAAUUGAUAGAAUUUUAGUUUAUUUCAUUCUAGAUGAGCUUCUUCCAUUUUAUAAGGAGUCACAUCCAGCACAUGGCUGGCACUACAUUAUGGCAGCUGACUUGGGCUUAACCAUCUAGAGUCUGUGUUGCAGUAGGACAGCUGGAGAGGCAGGCAAUAAAUAAUAGAAUAAAUUGUGUAGCAUAAACAAAGAAAAAGUAAAAUUCUAAGAAACAUUUGUUUUAUUGUACAUGUAAGAAAUGGUAUGAACAAAUGACUAAUUGAACAUAUUUUAACUUUACUUAAGGGACAAAGAUGAAGACCUAAAUAGCCCUGUGAAUUAUACAACAUAGUAAACAGAGAAGUAACAUCUUUAUAUUAUAAACUGUUAGAAAUGGUACGUUUGAGAGCAAGGUUGUGCGUAUCUGCGGCUAUUAAGCUUGAAGAUUAUCGUGUAUACACUGGACCCUGUCCUAUUCAAAACAAGCCAACACCAAAACAGGCUGGGUAUUUAGAACUGACCAUCUUUUAAAAUACAUAGUAAUAUACAGUACUAGAGUAGUAUUAAAUCAGAAAUAGACAUGUAAAUAAUGUCUCUCUGGAAUAAGCAUAAUUCAUCAUUUCAGUUAGAAAUAUAAAAUUAAUUCUUUUCCUUGACUUUGAAAAUUCUGUUUCCCAAAUAGUGUAACUAGGCAAAAUGGAUACCUUCUGCAUUGAAUCCAUGGAGCAAUCUGGAAAACAAGCAAAAAUAAAAAUGAGAUGGCACUGAAAAAAAAAAUUGUGGAUAUUGUGAAAAACUGGGGUGUUUAUACACAAACACAUCAGCAUACUGAUAUACCCACCUACUCCUCAUGGUAGUCAUUAAAGAAAUCUUAUUUUGAAACUAAGUGUGUAAGAUACACGUUGGUUGAAACUAUGUCAUGCUAGCUCCUUUUUGUUAAAGCCUACAUGUCUUUGAUAGUGAAUUUAAUUGAAAUUAAGACUUCUGCUAUACCAGGCCUAAAGCUCACUAGAACUUGUUCCAUUUCAGCAUGAUAAAUGAACAAGAAGCUAUCUGGAAUUUGAGGUAGAAGUCAGAUAAAUGACCAUUCAUCAGGUGCUCAUUUUUCUCUUGAGUUCUUACUGAGGUUCAAAUUAUAUAUUUACACAUUGUUUUUCUGUGGAUACUUACACACUUAACAGACUGGUUAGCAAACUACACCUUCAAGAAAUUUAGUAAAAAAAAAAUUUUUUUUUAAUUUUGCUUAGACUUGAUAUUAUUUUCAGACUGAUGCAUAGGACCACGUACAAUGCAUUAAAGUAUCUGAAAAAGGCGAAGUAGAGGUACUUAAGGUGUUCAAUUCCUAGGAUAACACCUAAUAAAGACUCAGUAGUUCUGCUAGAGCCAGCUAAUGAAAUACAAGCUCCAUUUGUCUUAGCUCUAUAGAACUCUGAUUCCAGCUUGGAAAAAGUCAAAGCUAAUGACUUUUAACAACAUUCUACCCUUAUUUCUUAUUUACCCUUUAGAACAUGGAUGCUUGAAAAGUAAAUAGCCAAGAACUUUUGAACAAUAGUGUUAAUAAGUAAAAACAGUACAGGUUAAUUUAGCUGAGUAACUAACUGAGGCCUUACUUUUCCUUAAGACUUACUUGCUUAGUUCAAGGGGAAAAAAAGUUUGGCUUAAAUUGUCCAGGUUAUUGAGACCUUUUUUAUUUCACAUGUGUACAGUAUGUCUUAGGCUAAAAAACUGUAAGUGGAUAACCAGGUGUGAUUAUAACUGACAGUUCAUGCUUAAGAUCUUUUUAACAGUAGCUAGUCCCAAUAAGGAAAUAAAUCAGAUCCAGUUACACAUACUACGACUUUUCUUCUUAUGGGUUACACUGAAGAUUAGAACUAUUAAGAGUAAGAUCAUGAAUAAAUAGGAGGCUGGGGAAAGAGGGCAGAAACAUGCACACCACCACAUACACUAACACAGAGGCAAUCUUCUGGCUCGGACUGUUCUUUACUACUGUUUUUCAAGAAAAUGUUCUUUCUGCUGCAGCUACUAAGCCUCCAUUUUCUACACCAAAUACUAUUCCAUGCCAUGGAAGUGCUAUGCAAUAAUUCUCCCCAGUAGCACCUUAUACCACUUAAAGGCCUUUAAAUCUCUAAACUGAAGGUAUCUAGGUAAAGAAAUGUAAGAAAACAAAACCUGUAAUUACCUGAUAAAGUCAUCUAUGUCCAUAGAACGGGCCCGUUUGUCACUAAACCCUGUGCUGGUUAGGAUUUGCUGUAUUUUAUUUGCUAUGCUGAAAUCUUCUGGUAUUAUCUAUCAAUACAAGAUUGAGAAUAAAUGAAUAACAUAUCUUUAAUGAAA